AUGGUGGUGCCGACGUACUGCGUCAUGAUCGCGAGACCGAACUCACGGCGGGUGCUGGCGGCGGUGGAGUCGCGCGCGAUAUUUUGGGCGCUCGGCGCGUUGUACGCGCACGCGGCGUGGAAGUCGUUACAGAGCGCGGAUGUGUUCGAAGCGGCGAGAGGGGUGCUGAUGAACUCGAACGAGGGCGUGGUGUCGAGAUUUGUGACGUUGGUGAGUGAGUUCUUGGCGACGGCGGAGACGGCGACGAGCGCGUGGGUGCACUUGCUUUCGUUGGAUUUGUUCGUGGCGCGAUUCGUGUACGUGGACGGGGCCAAGUACAGCGCGAGCGUGGGAGAUUUGGCGGCGCGGGUGCCGGUGAGGCACUCUUUGAUUUUGUGUAUGAUGUUCGGUCCGCUCGGAUUGAUGUCUCACGCGGUGACGCGGUGGAUUUGGAACACGUUCGUGACGACGGAUGUGAUUUGA